AUGGCUUCAAGUCCGUUCUUCGAUCUGAUGAAUGCCCUGACAGCGCUGGAUGUCGAUAAAUUCAAGUCAUUUGAUACCAUCACCACGCCCUACAAACGACUAAAUGGAACCAAUCAGUCAAUCUUCACAGAUAUCUUUAUUCCCAAGUCUAUACUGCAGCAGCAACAACCCAGAAGAUGCCCCAUUAUCGUGCGGAUCCACGGUGGAUUCCUGAUUACUGGUUCUAGCCAAUACGCACCUUGGUUCUCGAGCUGGAUUCUCGAGUACGCUCUUGCAAGCCAGGCAAUCAUUGUCUCUCCAAACUACCGCCUUCUACCCGAAGCAUCAGGGCAAGAGAUAUUAGACGAUAUGGAGGACUUCUGGCGAUGGCUGCACAGCGAGCAGUUCAUGCAGUCUGUUACCAAGGCUGCAGGCCAGUCGUACCUUGUACUGGAUCGUGACCGGGUGCUUGUUUUGGGUGAAAGUGCAGGAGGCUAUCUAGCCAUCCAGCUCGCCAUCAGCCACCCGUCCGAGAUCCGCGCCGUCAUCGGCGCCUACCCCAUGCUCGACUUCAAGGUCCCCUUCUACACGGACAACUACCCCAAACCUAUCGUCGGGGUGCCCAACCUGCCAAGCCAGGUUGUUGACGACCACCUUCUCAGUACCCGUGAAACCCCUGCGGCAAUCACCGCGGCCGACCCGCCCGAUAGACUACGGCUUGCGUUCGCGAUCGUUCAGAAUGGGCGGUUUCUGGAAUUCUUCGGCUCGCCUGACGAUUAUAGUCUCUUUCCAAUGGAGAGGAUUGAGCGUCUUGCCACCGUGGGGAGACUGGAAUUCCCACCUCUGUUUGUAUUCCACGGGGAGCAGGAUUCGGCUGUCCCCGUUGAUGGUACCCGGCGUUUCGUUGCCGUACUGCGUCAGCUCUCGCCUACGGCGCAGGUGGAAUUCUAUACCCAGGAUGGAGACCAUGGGUUUGAUGUGGAGGCUACGCUGGAGACUCCUUGGCUUAGGGACGGGCUGCGGAGCAUUUCCAAAGCGUGGUUGGACGGUCGUAAUGUCCGGGGUGAACGUUUGUGA